GACGGGGGUUCCUGGGACGAUGCUGGACGAUACCGGUCACGUUUCCCAGGCUGCAUAAUUGCAUGCGCAGCAGCGUACGAGAGCUGCGUGAAAAAUUGACGACACCCUUGGGGAGGAUCGUUAAUGAUUUACCUGGUUCGAUGAUACUUUAGCCAGGGAAGAUGAGAAUGGAGAUUCAACGAGAGGGAGAGAGAGGGCUGAUAGAAGCCAGACGAUGGAGAUUGUUGCGACUUAUGCAACCGCAUGAAUUCGCAAGGGGAAAUUACGUGACGAGUAUGAGGAACCCUUUGAGUCGAGUCGGAAGUCCAAUUAUUCUUGCUUCCAGUGCUACCAACCGGUCUUAGAGGAAAACUACUGGUACCCGUGAUGAAUUGGUCGAGGGCCAGCCUGCUUGGGCAGCAGAUGACGAAUGAGUGAACGGUGGACCCGGGACUCAGUUUCUCAGGCAGGAAGAAGGAAAGGGCUGUGCUCGGACUCUGGAUCGCUGGAUGAACAGAUUACGCUCGACUAUUGGCAAAAAAGUAGUAAAAGGUCCAAGACCACAGACCCUGCCGGUAGGACGUAAGUCGAGCUUUGCUUUGGGUGAGCUCGCACGUAUGAUUGUCAAAAAGACUUUUGAACAAGCUACGUCCUCUUCCAGCCAUGUGAAGCAGCCUUAAGGACCUGGCCCCGCUCUUUCCGUCAGUCUCGCCACCCUGCGAAUAAAUGAAUAGCAGUCUUCGUUAGGGUCGCUACUCGGCGACCCGAGUCUCCACAAGCAACCACUCGAUGUUCAGCCAUCAUAAGUAUAUCCAGACGACGCGUGCGACAUUUCCAAGCUUUCGCCAUGCGCAACAGAGUUUCGAGUACAUUCUAAUGGCUGGGAAGUAACGUACCGAGUGAAUAUGUCUAUAAUAAAGGAAACAGACAGGGUCCCUCUGCGCCAGUGCCCUAUUCUCAGGUGUCUGCAAAAGAGGGAUGCACUUAUCUACAUUACAGAUAUAAAAGAGAUAUGGACAGGAGAGACAGAGAGUGGAAAUCUUAAAGAGCACAUAACCCAUUUCCCAGUGAAUAAAAAAACAUCAGCAGUGCCGGAGGCCUCCAGAAAAGACAACAUAAUAGCAUACAUCCCAGAGUAUAUACAGGGAGUUCCAGUCGAGAGAUAUUACCAACAGAGUAAAAGGGAAAGCAACACAAAUCCAAUAUCUCAUUCGACGCCAUAUCAGAGUCUGCUCAACAUCAUCGUCAUGGCACGCAUCCUAGGAACAUACCAGCAUGAACGCAAUGAAAAUAUCGACGAAUAUUUCAAAGCCAUCGGAGUUCCCUACAUCGCGAGGAAGAUGAUGAGCGCCUCCAGCCCACGUCUUGAGAUCAAGCAGGAUGGUGAUAAGUGGAUUAUUCGUACGAUCUCCAUGAUACGUACAGUGGAGAGUAUUUUUACUUUAAAUACAGAGUACGAGGAGUCUAUGCCCUCUGGCGAAAUUCUCAAGAACACAACUACUUUGGCAAAUGGCAAUUUGGUAACAUUAUCUCUUCUUCCGGAUGGUAGCCAGACAAUAAGAGAGUAUGAAGUUACCGAUGAAGGCGUUGUCCUGAUUAUGUCCCACGAGAAGAGCGGGCAUGUGGCGAAACGAUAUUUCAAGCGGCUGACGUAAAAAAAGUUAAUGACCUCUUGAAAUCGUUCGUUUUUACAAACUCUGCAAAAAUAAAUAUUACUCCAUUGCCGUCGAGUCACUCGUAACACCCACUGAAUAACAUAUCCACGGGAAACCGUGUAUUACUCGCCCACGUUAAAGAUCUCCAUCUGUUGAUUACAGAAAGACAAAAAAGAAAACAUAAGAUCAAAUAAAACACAGACAAUAGCAUGAA